GACAUCAAAUCCGUCGUCAACCUAUACUGAGCUGACGGAAUGUUAGAUGUGGUCACACGAAUUGGUUCCGCGGGAUCAAACGCUCCGGCACUGCUUUCUACAACAUCAAGCUGCCCGCCAGCUUCGCCGGUUCACAGGCUUGGUCACCGCAGAUCUCGGUCGAAAAUUUGGCAAGCCGACGUUCUUCUGCACUAUGACAUUCAAUCCCUACUGGCCAGAGGUUCGAGAAUACCUGGAACCUGGACAAUCCGCGUCAGACAUUUCUAUUGUAGCCACGCGAGUCUUCAAGUCAUGAUUGGAAAAAAUUCUGCGUCUUCUUCGAGCGUGCUUUGGUACUAAAAAAUACAUGAUCACGGUCAUUGAAUUUCCAAAAUGUGCAUUCCCGCACGCACACAUCAUUAUAAAGGUUGUUCCCGAACCCCCUCUAGAACUUCUCGACACCAUCACACGAGCAGAAUUCCCGCGGAAUGACCCUGCACUUCGUCAGAAAGUAGAGAAGAACAUGUUGCAUGGCCGAGAUCACUUAACUCAGCCAGGAAGCAGAUGUAAUCGAGACGGUUGGUGCAUCUAUGGUUUUCCUCAGCGCACGCAACCAUCCACGACGAUUGAUGAACACAUGAGAAUCCAUUGGCGUCGACAUGAAGAAGAAGACAUGUGGGCAGUGCCGUAUUGUCCCGCGCUGCUCUCUCUGGCCGAUUGUCACUUUCACUUCGACGUUGUUUACACUGCAAGUGUUCAGCUACCUCUAUAAGCAUCUAUACAAGGGACCAGACAUGGCACAUUUUGCAAUCGAG